UUACAUAAAGUUUACGAUAUGUUUAAAAAAGUCCGAUUUUAAUUUCAUGUGUUUGCAUUCACGUACCUGACGUUUCUAAAUUUUAACGUCCUGAUCUCCUGGAUCGAAGUUUUGUCAUUGGAAUCUCUUCUUCGUAAAAUUCUGUCGGAUUUCCCAGGAUUCGAUCAGAUAUGAACUGGGUUCAACGCAAAAUCUACCUUUACAAUGUCACUUUCGGUCUCUACAUGCUUGAUUGGUGGGAACGUUUCCUUUUCAAUGCUUUGGUGGUAGUCUUAUUGUGGUUCAUGCUGUACAAUGGAUCCCGCUACGUCUCAGACGUCUUCAAGAGGUAA